UUGAUAAACUCAGUCGCAGCUCUGCAGACUCUCACUUCUGUCCUGCCCCCGCCCCCACAUCCCAGCAGGCCCUGCACCACCACGUGUGACUCGGUGUCGUAGUGUCGUUGCUCGUCUACAGCGCCCCCUGCAGUCAUGUGUGAUGACGAGGAGAGCACCGCUCUGGUCUGCGAUAACGGAUCCGGUCUCUGCAAAGCCGGAUUUGCCGGAGACGACGCUCCCAGAGCCGUCUUUCCCUCCAUCGUGGGCCGGCCCCGGCACCAGGGAGUGAUGGUGGGCAUGGGGCAGAAGGACAGCUACGUGGGUGACGAGGCUCAGAGUAAGAGAGGAAUCCUGACCCUGAAGUACCCCAUCGAACACGGCAUCAUCACUAACUGGGACGACAUGGAGAAGAUCUGGCACCACUCGUUCUACAACGAGCUGCGAGUGGCUCCAGAGGAACAUCCCACCCUGCUGACUGAGGCGCCACUCAACCCCAAAGCUAACAGGGAGAAGAUGACACAGAUCAUGUUCGAGACCUUCAACGUUCCUGCCAUGUAUGUGGCCAUCCAGGCCGUCCUAUCACUGUACGCCUCAGGACGUACCACAGGUAUCGUCCUGGACUCAGGUGAUGGCGUCACCCACAAUGUGCCGAUCUACGAGGGCUACGCCCUACCUCAUGCCAUCAUGAGGUUGGACCUGGCGGGCCGCGACCUCACCGACUACCUCAUGAAGAUCCUGACCGAGCGAGGCUACAGCUUUGUCACCACCGCGGAGAGAGAGAUCGUGCGGGACAUCAAGGAAAAGCUGUGCUACGUGGCUCUGGACUUUGAGAAUGAGAUGGGGACAGCCGCCACCUCGUCCUCGCUGGAGAAGAGCUACGAGCUUCCUGACGGGCAGGUCAUCACCAUUGGCAAUGAGAGGUUCCGCUGCCCUGAGACGCUAUUCCAGCCCUCCUUCAUCGGUAUGGAGUCGGCCGGUAUCCACGAGACCACCUACAACAGCAUCAUGAAGUGUGACAUCGACAUCCGUAAAGACCUGUAUGCCAACAACGUGCUGUCUGGGGGAACCACCAUGUACCCGGGAAUCGCAGACCGCAUGCAGAAGGAGAUCACCGCUCUGGCCCCCAGCACCAUGAAGAUCAAGAUCAUCGCUCCCCCGGAGAGGAAGUACUCGGUGUGGAUCGGCGGUUCCAUCCUGGCCUCGCUCUCCACCUUCCAGCAGAUGUGGAUCAGCAAGCAGGAGUACGACGAGGCCGGACCCUCCAUUGUCCACCGCAAGUGCUUCUAAAGGCUGCGCCCGGGCCUUCAAGCCCCGCCCCCUUCGCCUUUAGCACAACGUUAUUUUAGCCUGCACUGAGCACCCGCUAACAGACCCCAGAUCAGACACAGAAAUCAGGCCCGCAGGGACGACAGGAAGUCAGAGCGCUCAACAGCGUUAACUUCAGAGGACAGAAAGUGAUGUCAUGUUUGUUUUUGAAGAACUUCCAGAAAGUCAAACAUCUUCCCUCUCUGCUCACCUUCAAACUGUGAAUGUGCCGCUUGCCCUCUGCAACCCCACCACCCCACAUUCCACCUGUGGCCCCGCCCCCUCUGAGCUCCAUGUUGGUGCUGUUUCCUGUCAGAAAGUGCGUUUUUAUUUUUGAUGAAUAAAGCUUGAAUGUUGCCCGCUGGUGUCGUCUUCUAUCGAUCACAUUCACGCGGCGCUAUGAUGAUGUCACUGCUGUUGACCUGUGGGUAGGUGUGACCUCGUGGUGCUAUCUGUAUUAGUAACAUUUGACAAGGUGGUGAUGUGAACGUGGAAGUGGCGGUUGAAUGAACCCAGGAAGACAAUAAAGCGCUCUCAUACCUGAA